UUUUGGUUUGUUAGCACGUGUAAUUUGUUGAUUGGUCAGUACGACUUUUUGAGGUUAGAUGACGACUAGAUCGAGAGGUAAUUGGUCGCUAACGUUCGGUCUACGGCAAUGUCUCUCAAACAAUUGAGAAGGUGAAGCCAGUUUGGUUUCAAAAAGAACGUUUGUUGGAUAUAGCUAAGUUGGACGGUUUUGCUUUUGGCUGUUAAGCAUCCUUGGGAUUACGGAAGAUUUUUGUGGUUUGUGAGCCAUCUUCGUCUGGGAGGAUUAGUCCCCGUUUUAUCCAUUACUGUGAGGGCAUUUGGUUUGGUGCCUGUGAUUUGUGAAAUAGUGGUUGAGUUUUGUCGGCCGCCAUUACCUCGCAGCAACCUCGUGUUGGAUUUUUGAAUUGGAUAGCUGGCCCAUUUGGAAAACACCUUGGCCAUAACCGCUGUUCACGCUUAUGCUCGUUUGGUUUGGAUUUGGAGCCUUUUUCUGAUUAAAAGGCUGUGUAUACCGAUUUGAAGUUAAAAAAGAUGAACGAAUCAAAAUAACCAUCACCGACAUGAUCGUCAAAAACCGCCACUGCAACACAAUUAUCAGCAAAGAUACGAACCAGCUAGAAUGUUUCGGUAACACGUCCGCCACCCUCAGGUUUUACGAAAUUCCCUGGAACGACGUACCCGGAGUACCAAAAGACUGUCUUUGCGAUGUCGAUAAAAAUCGUCUCAUACCGUUUACAUAUUUCUCCACUUCUAAUGUUGUGGAAUUGAGGUUCAAUGUCUUUGGAAUGAACGCAUCCGAUGAUUUUAAUACACUGUUUUUCGAAGGAAACUGGAAGUAUAUUAAGACACCAGGGUGUAAGAAGAAUUUGAGAUAUCGAGGCGCCAAUGGUGAAGUCGCUUUUAGUUAUCCUACGCCUUAUGAUCAGCUUAACUGUGAAACGAAUCCAAGAGUGAUUAUCUCAGGACUAAAUAAGUAUUUGUACGUUAAAAUUCGAGGUUCCUUAAUGAAGCAUUCUACAAGAAAAGGCAACGCUACAGUCAAAACAAUUUUCACUGGACAAAAAUGUGAAACUUCUAAUAGAAUAACGGUUCACACUGCUUUAUAUUCAGCCACCAUUUGUCCCUAUGAUACAGGAUACCGUGAAAACGUAGUAGAAAUCUUUUCUGAUGGUUGGUAUAUUCAAAAAGAAAAGGAUGUUACAAUUGAUGGUUUGGCAUUAGACAAAGUAGAAAUUGAUAGAUUGGGUACGGAGUUAUCAAAGACUGUUACAGUAGAGUUUUAUGGAAAAGAAGAGGCCGAAUAUUUUAUUCAUUGGCUAGAACUAACUAGAAGGAGAGAUGUUCCCCCCAACGGCUUGGGUCUAUUUAUGAUGAAGCCAGAUGAUUGCCAAUAUCGAUGUCCAGAAUUGGAUGCGUGUAUUAAUUCCAGCGUGUGGUGUGACGGGAUCGAAGACUGUCCUUCGGGAAUAGACGAAGCUAUAACGCACUGCUCAGUAAUACUUCAACUGCCUCCUGUAUAUUUAUUUUUCGGGGCUUUAGGGAUUAUACUUUCCAGUUUUCUAACAUCUGUCAUCUUAUGGAAAACUUGCCGCCGAAGACCGAGGUCCAUACUCCAAACAAGACUCAAAAGCCUGUCUUCAGAUACUGCCAUCAUCGACGAUCGCGACAUAAUUUGCUGACACAGCGACAAUUCUGUACGAUACGUCGAAAUCGACAGAGUGACAACUGUCUGACGUAUAUACUUGGAUGUAACGUACAGAACUGUGAUUAGCAAAUUCUUUUUAUAAAUACUACAAAUAAUUUUUCGUAACGAAAAAUAUAUGGUACUUGACAAAUUUUUUUUUGAAGAAAAUAUAGAUUUGUAUACAUUGUUUCAUAAUGUUCGUAAUAAACUACAAAAAGUUGUUUGAAAU